AUGGAGAAGUUAACGAAUCUCAGCAAGCAGUGGAAUCUCCCUAAGAAGUGGGAGGAGGUCACAGCCUUCCAGAUAUGUGCAGGAAUUUUGCUCGCUCUAGCUGUGAAGGGCUUCAUAGAGGUCCUUCUUUACAAUCUGUUCUCCCCUUUCCGGCGCCUGCCAGGCCCCUUCCUUGCUCGCCUCACCUCGAAAUGGCUCCUCCUGCUCAGCAUCUCUGGCAAACGUGCAGCCACCGUCCACGAGCUACACCGCAAGCACGGCAAGGUUGUCCGUCUGUCGUGGAACGAGCUCUCCUUUUCGGGUAUCAAUGCCGUUCGCCCCAUCUAUGGGCAGGGUACUACCUGCGUGAAGGCGCCAAUUUAUGGGCUGUUCGGUAGGGAAGGGCUAUUCCAGAUGAGGGACCCGGAGGUUCAUCGGGAACGGCAUCGACGGUUGGCGCAUGUGUUUUCUCCGGCUUCGCUGAGGGUGGCUGAGCCUUUGGUGCAGGGCGUUGUUGAGAAGGGGAUGAAUACGGUGUUGGUGAAGAAUACAGGGAAAGAGGUUGAUGCGUUGAGUUGGUGUAGGAUGAUUUCGCUGGAUGUUGCUGGUGAGGUCUUGCUCGGAAAGGCAUUCGGCGCUUUCGACGGCCGCGAGGAUGCCAUCAGGUUCGUCUAUGUCCUUGACAAUGCCUUCCCGAACUUUCUUCUUAGAGGGUUCUACCCACUGGUUUGGCGAUUCCUUCGGCUGCUGCCCAUCGAGAAGCUGCAAACCUUUCUCGCAGCCAGCGACUACAUGUACGCAUACGGCGACAACUCCCUCCAAGAAUUCAUCCGUCUCUACGGGCGGGACUCGCCCCGGCGGUCACUCCUCACCAAAAUGCUCAAGGGAGACCCGGCGUCCGGCACGGAGCCGCUACCCGACGAGAUCAUUGCCAUUGAGGUGGCGAACCUGAUCUUUGCCGCGACCGACACAACCGGCACGACCAUGGCUUACGCCCUGUACCACUUGGCAUGCAACCGGGAGUGGCAGGACCGGCUGCGGGCCGAGCUUCGGGCGGCCAACCUCCAACAGAAGGGCUAUUCGUUUACUGAGCUACAGGCUCUGCCUGUGCUGCACGGAAUUAUGAAUGAGGCGCUCAGAUUGCAUCCUGCUGCUGUUGGUGCAUUGCAGAGGAUGACAACUAGGGAGAUAGAAAUUGAUGGAGUUGUGGUGCCCGCUAAUACCAUCGUCUCGGUCCAAUCAUACACCAUGCACCGCGACCCUUCGGUCUUCCCCGACCCAGACACGUUCAAUCCAGACCGCUGGAUCACGACUUCUGCAGAUGGCAAUCCCGAGAUCGACCAUGGCACGCCUGCCAUGCGCGAGAUGUUUUUUGGUUGGGGCAAAGGCACACGCACCUGCAUUAGCAUGAACAUGGCCAUUAUGGAGCUCAAGAUCCUGCUGGCGCGCGUGAUAAACCAGUUUGAGGUGCGCCUCGCCAGUGAGAAGACGCACCGAGACAUGGAAAUGGAGGAUCACUAUAUUCUUACGCCGAAGGGGGGCAAGUGUGGGCUAGUGUUUGAGCAGUUAGCUCGCUACUCAUUAGUGUAUCAAACGAUCAUGUCUCAACGCUCGUGGCUUGCAGAAAUCGUGUUGCACUCACAAGCGUACAAGCGUGCAAUGCAACCUCCCAAGCGCCACGAAACUACCCUUACCCUCUUGUCCGGCAAAUCCCUCCGGGGGAACACAGGACCGAGGAGUGUGUGUGUGAAAGACAAGCCUAGUGGUCUCAACGAUCUCGUCAUCCCCAACCUGUCCGUGAAUCCCUUCCCCACCAUGUCUGGGGUUCGGAAGCUCACGAACAAGUUGACGUCGCACGACUCUUCCGCUGGUGCUCCUCCAUUGGCUCCAGAACGCUGGUCUUAG